CCUUUAUGUGUGCUGCAGCCAGGUCCUUCCCGUUUUUUUCGUUUAUCUGAGGAUAUCAACUGUUUACCCUUCACUUUUAUUCCGCCGUGAUCAGCCAACUUAGUUUAAUGUGACCCAAUUUUGACAGCAAGCUAAGAUCCCGUGAUUAUCCUUAAAACUUCGUCCACAAAUGGCAGAAAACAGCGAAAUAAAUGAGGCAAAACUUAAUAGCUCACCCUCCAGAGGGAUGACUGACCAGGAGAAGGAAAUGGCAGCAAGUGCAUAUGAAGCUUUUUUGUCUGGGAAGUAUGAAGAGUCUCUAAAACACCUUGAAGCUUUGCAGGAGCUCAACAAAGAGGACUACAAAAUUACCAUGAAUAAAGCUGUUGCAGAAUUUUAUAAAAGUGGUCAAACUACAAUGGGCACCUUGAAGCAGACACUCAUGGCAAUGAAGAAUCAGCUUCACACAACUGCAGAAGAUGUUGAUGGGUUGGAUGAUGUUGAGAAUAGUUUGCUGUACUAUAAUCAAGCCAUCUUACACUACCACAUGCGGCAGUACUCUGAGGCCAUCUGUAUAGCAGAGAAGCUGUAUCAGUUUCUCGAACCAUUUGAGAAAUUCGCCCAAGCGGUGUGCUUCCUGUUGGUGGAUCUCUACCUGCUGACUUUCCAGCCAGAGAAGGCGCUUCAUCUGUUGGCAGUCCUGGACAAAAUCUCUGUACAGGGAAGCAACAAGAAUGGCAAAGGAGAGAGCAACAGCUCAAACAAAGAAGGAUUAACCCAAAAGGCAGAGUCUUCAGCAAUGAUUGAGGCAGCCAAAUCCAAAAUCCACCAGUACAAAGUGAGAGCCUAUAUUCAGAUGAAGUCAUCCAAGGCCUGUAAAAGAGAGAUCAAAUCAGUGAUGAACACAGCAGGGAAUUCUGCGCCCUCACUUUUCCUCAAGAGUAAUUUUGAGUAUCUGAGAGGGAACUACCGCAAAGCAGUUAAGUUGCUUAACAGCUCCAACAUCGCUGAGCAUUUUGGACCCAUUAAAACAGGUGAAUGUGUUCGAUGUAUGUUCUGGAACAAUCUGGGCUGCAUUCACUUUGCAAUGGGUAAAAACAACCUAGGAAUUUUCUACUUCAAAAAGGCACUGCAGGAGAAUGAUCACACAUGUGCACAACUGGGAGAUGGGAGGAACAAUCAGUGUAAAAAGCUCACGGGCAUUCCUUUUUGUGCUCUACUGUCCAACAAGCGCUAUGAGCUUUUGUAUAACUGUGGUGUUCAGCUGCUGCAUGCUGCCAGACCGCUGGCAGCAUUUGAGUGUCUAAUGGAGGCUGUGCAGGUUUACCACUCGAACCCUCGGCUGUGGCUGCGCCUAGCAGAAUGCUGCAUCUCUGCUAACAAAGGGGGGUCAGAGCAGGAAAGCAAAAGUUUACCCUGUAAAAAAGGAAUAGUCCAGUCUGUAAUUGGGACAGGAUAUCAUCGCAAGAUUGUCCUGGCGUCACAAUCUUCACAGAACACUAACUACAGUGAAGGCCAGUCAGCAGCUAUCCCUGUAGCAAGUAUGGAAUUUGCUGCCAUCUGCCUGAGGAAUGCUCUCCUGCUGCUGCCUGAACACCAGCAGCAGGACAUCAGGGCUGAGAAUGGUUCCAAGAACUCCAGUCUGUCAGGAAGCACCGAGAGCGGUAGUGAGAACAGUGAUCCUUGCAGUGGAAAAAGUCAGGAAGCUGAUAAGUUUUUUUCUGCAUCUCCAUCAUCUCCAGUCAGAAAACAGGAGGUAGAAAACCUCAGGUGUUCCAUCUUGGCUUGUAGUGCCUAUGUGGCACUGGCACUGGGAGACAACUUGAUGGCUCUGCACCAUGCUGAGAAACUUCUUCAUCAAACCAAGGUGUCUGGGUCCCUCAAGUUCCUGGGUCAUCUGUAUGCUGCUGAAGCCCUCAUUUCAUUGGAUAGAAUAUCAGAUGCAAUCACUCACCUCAACCCAGAAAACAUCAGUGACGUGUCAUCGGGGGUGCUCUCCAGCGAGCAGGAUCAAGGACAUGAAAAGGGAGACGAGCCUAUCGAGCCCUCAGCAAAGAAGAUCCCAUUGUGUUACCCCAGCAGUGUGACAACAGCUCGAGCAAUGAUGCUCUUCAACCUGGGUAGUGCCUACUGUUUAAGAAGCGAGUAUGACAAGGCUCGCAAAUGCCUGCAUCAGGCUGCAUCUGUGAUGGACUCCAAGGAGAUUCCACCUGAAGCUAUCCUGCUGGGGGUGUACCUCGAGCUACAAAAUGGGAACACUCAGCUGGCUCUACAGAUUAUCAAGAGGAACCAGCUGUUGCCCACAACAGUUCACAGGUCCUCCCCAGACUCUCGGAAGAAACCUUCCCAAUCAUUCCAGUCUGUCCAGCCCAUCUACUUGCCCUCAUCCUUCACACAAGUUCAACGUAAAUAAAUCUCUGCAGUGAUUUCAACUUCCUCUAGUUACCAAAUAGCCAACCUUAAUACUUAUAAAGUUUCAGGAACUGGGUAACCUGCCGCCAUUGUGACGUCCAGUAACGGAGACCAGUUUGAUUUUUGUCUCAAUUUGACUGAGGAAUUUGUGCUAUUUGAAAAAUGAAAAUAAAUUUAUAUACAGUA